AUGGCAUCUUUGUCAUCGUCUGAUGUUGCUAGAAAAUCAAAUAGUCCGUCGAAAAGAUUGAAACCAGAUGUAGUAGUUCCCAAACAAAUAUUUCUGGCUGUUAAAAAAUUACGUUAUUUUACCGAAUCAAAAAUCGAUAUACCAUUAACAGACGUCUUACAAUUUAAUCAAGCACUGUCGAUGGUCGAAGAUCUUAUCGAUAACAAUAAACUUUGUCGUUAUUUUUCGUAUAUGACCGAUUCAAAUUUACGAGAAAAUAAUUUUUUUGAUCCCCUUAAAGCAAUAGAACAUGUAGAUCAGACUCGUCACUCCUUAAUGAAUUUAUGUUUACAUAUGCCAUUUACAACCGGCGACUUGCCAGAUGACUAUAGUCGUUUUAGAGGAAUACAGGGUAUGUCAUCGAAGCAUGAUGUUAUUGUUUUUAAUUCUUAUAUGAUUAACGGAUUACGCAAAAAUCAACAGUAUUUCGAUUCACAAAUAUGCACAGAAAUAUUUUUUAUUUUCGUCAGAUUAUUACAUGAACUCAGCCAUGCUUGCAUCUUCGACUCUGGUCGUCGUAUGAACCAGUACAACUCCAGACGAUUUCACACUCCAAUGACUCAUUGUCUGCAUGGCGAAGCGGGUUGGGCAGUAGAGAGGAUGCUAUUUGGAUCAAAAAUCGAUGCGCCUGAUUACACUGUCGAUCAUAAAUUUAUUAUUCAGUAUCUGGCGUUUACGGAUGGAACACCAUCGGGUGUUAUCGACCAAGAUUGGAUUGAUUCAUUUGUAAAAGACUCGUUGAAUGAAAAUAAAUUGAAAAUGGUUGAAAGUAUUGAAUGUGUGCCGUAUCAAUAUCUCACAGAAACUCUGCAAGUAAAGCUAGAAGGUGGACGAAAAGUUCUGGCAAAAGCUAGUCGGCAUUCAAAAAUAUUGUCCUUUGAUGAAUUUGAUAAUGAAACUACAAGUGAUUCUUAA